AUGUCUCAACCGUCCUAUACAGAUACCUCCCCUAUACGUCAAUUGAUAGUUCUCAUCAAUCAGAACGCUUCGAUCCUUGAGGCGGUUUGCUCGCAGAAGUCAACCCCCAUUCCCGAUCUCAAUGCACCGUUUCACCCCUCGACGGAAACUUUCCGUAGUAUUCCUGUGGCUGCUGAGGCGGCGAACGUCAUAUGUGCGGCUGCCCUACAGCUUGCCGCUGUUCUGAUGCCUCCUCAGGUGACGUUGUAUCAUGUUGCUGGCGGUCAUUUCAAAGCUGCCGCCGUCCGUGCUUGCCUCGAAUCCAAUGUGACCGAGAUUCUGCGAGAGGCAGGCCCCAAGGGUCUUAGCGUUCAAGGGAUCUCCGCUAUCAAUGGUCAGGAUCCCCAGAAGAUGGGUCGAUUCCUCCGGAUAUUGGCCACCAAUCAUAUCUACAGGGAAAUCGAACCCAAUGUAUUCACAAACAAUCGCAUCUCUAGCAUGAUGGAUACUUUGAAACCUACGAAAGAUCUAUUCGCAGAUCCCAAACACAAGCAUGAUGGAACGCCAGGUCUCGCCGCCCUUGUUGGACAUCAUCUUGAUGAAGCGUUUAAGGCGGCGGCUUACUCCUGGGAGACCCUUUCAGACCCAGCGACUCGCCGUUCGGGUGACCCAAAAGCAUCUCCGUUUGCAAGGGCAAUUAAUUCUGAAGAGACACUGUGGCACUUCUACGAGCACCCCGAGCAGCGAGAUCGCCAACACCGAUUCGACAUUGGCAUGCAGGGCAUUCAGGCGCUGCAGCCUCCAAAUGCAAUCCUUGGCGCGUACGACUGGGAAACCCUACCAGAAGAUUCGCUCGUCGUAGACGUGGGCGGAGGGGUUGGAACGUCCUCCUUGUCCCUUGCCGCAAAUUUCCCUAGGAUCAAAAUCGUGGUCCAAGAUUUAUCAGGUGUGAUUUGGGACGGAAAGAAGGUUUGGGCCGAAAAGAUGCCAGAUGCCAUUCAAUCAGGCCAAGUUAUAUUGGAAGUGCACGACUUUUUCGAGCCUCAGCCCCGAAGAGGUGCAGCUGUAUACCUAUUAAAGCAGAUUCUGCAUGAUUGGUCCGACGAAUACUGCGUCAAGAUACUCACUCAACUGAGAGUCGCGGCGGCCCCAAAGACGAAGCUUGUAUUAAUGGACAGCAUCAUGCCUUUCGCUUGCCAUGAUCCUGGCACCGACAAGUCCGGAAUUCCUGGCGCCGUUCCCCGCGAAGCGCCCGCCCCAUUGCUCGCCAACUUUGGUGCUGUCAAUGAGAUGGGCUACAAUGCGGAUAUCGACAUGUUCCUCCUCUUCAAUUCGCAGGAACGCACCAUAACUCAUAUUGACGAACUUUUGGGGAGCACCGGUUGGAAGGCUGUGAAGGUAUACCGUCAAGAAGGGGGGGACAGCACGUUUCUUCAAGGGAUCGAGGCCAUCCCUAUCUAG